AUUUCAAAUAAAUAUGACUUACAAUUUUGAAACUGAUUUAUCCGAAGCGUUUGGACAAUUACUCAAAAUAGAAACGGAUUAUAAUGUUAUUAUUCAUAUUGGAAAAGAACCCAAUUUUAAGGAAUUUCAUGCACAUUCUUGUAUUUUACGCUGUAGAUCCGAAUAUUUUAAUAAAACAUUAUCCGCUGAGAAUAUCGAAAAAAAAGAUGGAAAAUAUAUAAUUAAAUUACCAAAUAUUUUGCCACGAAUUUUUAAUGUUAUUCUUAAGUAUUUUUAUACUGAUAAAAUAGAUAUUGCUAAUAAAACUGGAACUGAGCUAUUGAAUUUUAUGUUUGCUUCUGAUGAAUUAAUGUUGAAAAAAUUAACUAAACUUAUCGAGGAUUCUAUUAUUAAGAAUCAACAACAAUUCUUGCAAAAUGACCCAAUCGGAAUUUUUCAAAUUAUUUAUUAUUGUAAAUCACUUGUUAAUUUACAAGAAUAUUGUUUGGAUAAAAUUUGUUCUGAUCCAAAAAUUUUAUUCAACUCCGAUAAAUUCACUCAAUUUCCUGCUCCUCUAUUGGAAAUUAUUUUAAAACGUGAUGACUUGAAUUUAAAAGAAAUUGAAAUUUGGGAAAAUUUAAUUAAAUGGGGAUUAGCUCAAGAGAAAUCACUUAAUCAAGACGUCUCUAAAUGGAAUCAAGAUGACAUUAAUAUGUUUAAAAGAAUUCUGUAUAAAUUCAUUCCCUUAAUUAGAUUUUAUGAAAUCUCUACUGAAGAUUAUUUUAACAAAGUUAAACCCUAUGAAGAUAUUUUUUCUAAAGAAUUAAGAGAUGAUAUUUUAAAAUUUUAUAUGAUUCCUGGAUACAAACCAAAAUAUACACCAAGGCAUCCAAAAUCUAAUGUGUACUCUGUAGACUCUAUUAUAAUUAAUCAAGAGCACCUCACACUCUUUUCAAAUUGGAUUGAUAAAAAGAAAAAAGAUGACAAAUAUAUUAAUGAUACCUCUUAUAAUUUUAAUCUCUUAUAUAGAGCUAGCAGGGAUGGUAAUACAGCUGCAGCAUUUCAUGCUAAAUGUGAUAACAAAGGACCUACUAUAGUUGUAGUAAAAAUUAAAAAUUCGGAACGGAUAGUUGGAGGAUAUAAUCCACUUUUUUGGGAUUCGAGUGGUGGUUUUAAGAUUACAGACAAUGGUUUUAUUUUCUCAUUCUCUGAUAAAAAUAAUCUUCAAACUGCGACAGUCGCUUAUAAUAUUCUUAGGACACGUUCUAUAUAUUGCCACAAAACAUGUGGUCCAGUAUUUGGUUGUAAUGAUUUAUAUAUAAAUUAUAGUAUUAAUCCUGUUGAUGUUUGGUGUAGUACCUGUACAAGUUGCUAUCCUACAUGUAAUUUCCCAAGAAAAAUGUAUGUAGAUGAUUAUGAAGUAUUUCAUGUUAUUAAAGAUAGUUAAAUUAUAUUUAUUAUAUAGUUGCUUUAUUAUAAGUAAAUAUUUAUUUUAUACAUUUUUCUUGAAGUAUUAAAAAGAGAAUUAUGAUAACUUACUACUGGAAAGUCAAGAAUAUUUAACUGUUAAUUCUAGUCAUUAACAAUGAUAUAAUCCUAAUUGUUUAUACAGUAGUGGUCAUAAGUAUCCCACCCCUCAUAAUUUUUAAAAUCAAAUAAUAACACCUAUUAAAAUUUUUUGGGAUUCAGUAUAAUACUAACCUUGAUCACGUGUAAAAUUUUAAGUUCGUAUGAUGUAUAUUAUAGGAGUUAGAUGAUUGGUGAAUUUUUAGCUGCAAAAUGCUGAUCUUUUUUAAU